GACUUGUUUAAUGGCCCACGGAGCCACCUUUGGUGGGGUUUCAUUCCUGUCUAGUGCAAAAAACCCAGCGUUAGUCCAAUGUCAAACACUCAAAUAUCUCCAUCCUGAAACCCUUGGUAUGUUGCCUUUGGCCCCUGGGCUCAAUGAUUUCAUUCACCUCAUGAAAGUGGGAAGUUUUGUGUGUCUUAAAGUUUAGAAUAAUAACAUUUUAGGCAGAAUUGUUUGCAAAUUUUGCUCUGUAUCUGUCUCAAUGAGACAUUUCCCAAACAGACUUAAAUGCAAACAGGUCAAUAUUUUAAGCAACUUUUGCCUUAAUAAUUAAGCAUUUACUACUUUCACUCUCUUCAUGAGAACGGUUUGUCCCUCCCUGGAGUGCAUGGGAGAGGAACUAGCAUUCCUCUGGGAUAUGCUGUCACUGCAUUUAUUUGGGAACAUCCCAAAAAGGCCCUCACUCUCCUUGUGGAGUCCAAUAUACCAAGGGUUUGAAUAAUUAUGGUUUAAUUCAAAAGUGAUAUCUUCCAAGAGGUGCCACAUGGGCACUGGUCCUAGUUUUUUAUUCCAAGUUUUCUUGUUCAUCCUUGAUAUAUUUAAUAGAAUUUUGCUAAAUAAUAAACUCUUCUCUCUGUUAUUUGUGUGUGUGAUUUUUGUAGUGGAGAAGGCAAAUGCAAAGCCCUUCCAGAUGACUGAAAAACAGUGGGUCCUCUGCAGCUACAGGGGAUUCUAGCCAUUAACUAAAGGCCAGCAAGCACUCAAGUCCCCAAGUGUUUUCCUGGUGUAACCACUUGUUAACUACAUUUUCUCUUCUUCUUUUUAUUUUUACAUUUUAGGGUGUUACAGUAAUUUGAAAGGCAAUGAGCAGGGUUUUUGGAACUUACCUUAAAAGCAAAGUGCUGAGAAGACACCUCUUCUUACAGAAGUCUUAUUAAACUCUUCUAGACUUGCUUUAGAAGUAACUGAUUUCCAUUGUACUUGUACUUUUCUUGAUUUACUUCUGGGAAAGCUUGAAUUUAAUAAAAUCUUGCAGAUUAAGUUUGGUACAUGACCUGGGGUCAGACCUGUAAUCAAGACACUGUAAUGCUGUAGCUGUCUCUUAAAGCCUGGGGAGCUGUCUUAUCUUAUCUUUGUGUUCCUGAAUCUUAAAAGAUAUGAAAUUUAAACUUAACAGAUGAAACUUAAUCCCUGGAGUGUAGGAAUGUGCAGCGUGGCCUUUGAGCUGUGCUGCUUUCUGAGGGUACAGAACCCCCCCUCUGCAAUGGAGUUACUGCUCCUGCUGCCACUAGUUGAGGUGUAAUAGCAGAGCUGAAAGGCGUCUUGUCCUUGUCUGUGUGUUAAAUACAGCACCAGUCCAGCUGAGUUAGUGCUGGAAUAUUCUCCAAGGCCCAUGUGAAUAAUGUCAGUGUUUAACUCUUCCUACAAGGAUAAAGCCACUUUUCUCUUGGUCAGUCUCACUUUGUCCACUGUGGAUAAAUCUGGCACACAGAGAAACCUACCCAGUAGUUUUGCUUGAGAUUGUGUAAAGAAAAUCAAAUUAUUAAAGCAGAAUAUUGUAAUGGGCCUGUUAAAUCAAGGAGUUCCUCGUGGGCUGUACCUUGUGGUGUUUGAGCAGUUCGGAAUUUGAUGGUUUUGGCAUAUCACAAGAGAUAUGUUCAGCCAAUAAAGUAUUGCCCCUGGUUUGGUAAUCCCAUGGUUCUGUCCCUGAGCUGGAGAACAGUUUUCCCUUAAAAUUCAGACUGCCAGGGUCCCAGUUGAACAAACUGAGCACCAAACAGCAAGUUUAAAACCCCAGUGACACUGCUCAUGUGCUUAAAGCCAGGCAUGUGCUGAACUACUGUGAACGGGGCCCUCCUCUCUCAGAUUUUUACUGUGCUGAUUAAUCUGUGUCAAUAUUGCCUGUCACUAAAGCAACUGUUUAUUAUCUGUUCAGUGAAAUAAUUCCCCCCCUGUCCCAAGUUUUAGCUCACACAGACACUUUGGUGGUGGCUGUUGCUUUGUGUUAUAGAACUAUACACAAAGGCUACGGUAAGGUUUAGUAUUUGUCAUUUUCUCUGGGCUAUUCCUGGAUUUGGAAGGAACUCUUAAGGUUAAAGAUGGCUGGGGGGGGUGUUUAGGUUCUUUGGUUAAUGUUUGUUUCUUUUGUCUGUUUCUUUUUCUUUCAUUUCUACACAUUCAUGCAGUAUUUCAUGGUUCUAACAAAGCAGCAGUAAAAAAAGCUCUUGAAGCAUGAAAAUUAACUGUUCUUUUCCCUGGUUCAGCCUGAACUAUAUACCAGGCCCUGCUGAAAAUACCACCCAACAGUUUUCUUCUGCAGCUUAUCCAGUUUCUCUUAAGUGCCCUGUACAUAUUGUAUGUUUUAUGAUGAGAUGCAGUUUCUUAAUGUGUAUUACAGAAACACUACUGGUAUUUGCAAAUAUAUAGUAAAAUUGUUUUAUUGAACUCUCAUUUUGGGGGCUUGGGCACAUUAACAAAUUAAUCCAUCUGUAUAGGGCUUUUGCUGUUGGAUAGAGUAAAAAUACCUACACAAUUGUUUCCUGGUAGGGCCCUUAAAAUUCCCUGUGCAGAGCAGGCAGAGAAAUAAGACAUUUGUCUUAGUUGGCUGCAAGAUUUUGGGCCAGAAGUCCCCCCUGCCAUGGCAGUUUGUAGCAGCAUUCUUGGUACACUAAGCGUGGUACAUAAUGGAACAAAUGCAUUUUACUGCACAGGUAAGGAAUGUGCCACCAUUCCCUGUAUCCACCAGCCACCCCCAGACACACACACAGCCUUCCUGGAGACCUGCAGGGACUUGCAUUUCCAUAUGACACGUCAGCAAAAGCCCUACGCUUGAUUCAACCCCAAAUAUCCAUCCUUUCUCUUUAAGUUUGACAAAAUUUGUAUGGUAGGUGUAAAAGAAAACAAUAGUGAACUGUACCAUAUUAUUAACCCCUAAAUCAAACUUUUUUUGUCUUGUGUAUCUUGAUUUUUCUGUGUGCUUUGUAGUGAAGCAGCCGACACGAGUCGUUGUUCAUAAAACAGCUUUUGAAAGUUGAGAGCACACCCCUGGAGAACCGACUGUGCUUGCUUACGUUUGGUUCAUGACUUAAAAAUCGAGUACAGGAGUCAUUCCUGAUGAGACUAAGGCUUUGUCUCUCUUGGCACCAGCUAAUGCAGUGGCUGGGCUGCUGCCCGGAGGUGGACUGCUGCCCACUCCCAACCCACUCUCUCAGAUUGGUGCUGUCCCUUUAGCUGCUUUAGGAGCUCCUGCUCUUGAUCCUGCCCUUGCUGCUCUCGGGCUUCCUGGAGCAAACCUAAACUCUCAGUCUCUCGCAGCAGAUCAGCUCCUAAAACUGAUGAGCACAGUGGAUCCAAAGUUGAACCAUGUGGCUGCAGGUCUUGUCUCCCCGAGUCUGAAAUCAGAUACCUCCAGUAAAGAAAUAGAGGAAGCAAUGAAGAGGGUCCGAGAAGCACAGUCCUUAAUCUCUGCUGCUAUAGAGCCAGACAAAAAAGACGAAAAAAGAAGACAUUCAAGGUCGAGGUCACGCUCGAGGAGGAGGAGGACACCUUCUUCAUCCAGACACAGACGGUCCAGAAGCAGAUCAAGGAGAAGGUCCCAUUCCAAAUCCAGAAGUAGGAGGCGAUCCAAAAGCCCCAGGCGAAGGAGAUCUCAUUCCAGAGAGAGAAGCAGGAGGUCCAGGAGCACAUCCAAAACCAGGGAUAAAAAGAAGGAAGAGAAAGAAAAGAAACGUUCUAAAACUCCCCCCAAAAGCUACAGCACAACCAGACGAUCCAGAAGCACAAGCAGAGAAAGACGGCGCAGGAGGAGCCGGAGUGGAACACGGUCACCCAAAAAGCCCAGAUCUCCCAAACGGAAAAUGUCCCGGUCCCCGUCUCCAAGAAGGCAUAAAAAGGAGAAGAAGAAGGAUAAGGACAAGGAGAGGAGCAGAGACGAGAGGGAGCGGUCGACAAGCAAGAAAAAGAAAAGCAAAGACAAGGAGAAGGAUCGAGACCGGAAAUCCGAGAGCGACAAGGACGUGAAACAGGUCACAAGGGACUACGAUGAGGAGGAGCAGGGCUAUGACAGCGAGAAGGACAAGAAAGAGGAGAAGAAACUGGCAGAGGCCUCUUCCCCAAAGGGGAAGGAGCCUGGGGCCGAGAAGGGCAGUGGGGACCUCGGCAGGGAAUCCAAAGUGAACGGGGAUGACCACCACGAGGAGGACAUGGACAUGAGCGACUGAGCCCCCCGGCCACCCGUGUGAUUCUUUUAUCUGUACUUGUUAAUCCUCAAUCUUAGAUGUAUCCAGCUCCGAGCUCUCCAUGGUCUGUCCAUCCUGUACUAACUCACACCCAAAGCUUGAUAGAGGGACCUCCGUGCUCCGGGUGGGGGGGACUCGCUGGGGCCGAGGCUGCAUGACCCCCCCACAGCAUGGGCUGUGUGUGACCCCCCCUGUCCCCCUGUAGUGUCCCGGGAGCAGGGCAGGGAUGCUCCGGCUGCCUGGGGAGUGUGGCACCAACGCACACCUGGGGCAGCCCCUGAGCCUGACACGUGACCUCACACCAGGGUCAGCCUUGGAUCCCACCAGCUUUUUGUCCUCUUUGGUUUAGUUUUGGUUUUAAGCCACGUGCUGGGGUUGGUUUGGUUUGGUUUUUCUGGUGGGUUUUGUUGGCUUGGCCAGAGUUAAAAUGCACUGACCUUCCUGAGGGCUCUCAGUCCGUUCAGUGCCAUCUGGGGCGAGCUGGGAUGGGUUUCCCUGCCCGGAAGGGAAUGGAAGCCCUGCCCAGUGAUGGAGGGUUGGGGGAAGUUCAUCCCAGGUGUGGUUGCUCAGGAGCUCACCCGCUGCAGCAGGGAGUGCAUUUUAAACUGACCUUGGUUUGCUUUAAAAGCAAGUCCACCUGAUAAUGUACUUUUUACUUGAUCUCAAGUUGUAUAAACUAAUGAGUUUGUGUUCCUGUCCCACAGUGUCCCGUCCCUCCCGCACACAAUGACCCCAUGGAAUUUGCAGAGUAGUUAGCCAAGCUGUUCCUUAGUUCCAGCAGCUCCAGAGCUUUUACUUUUGUGCAGGUAAAGAGACAAAAGUAGGCGACAGUCUGUGCCAUGUCGAUGUACAGUUUCGGAAAUUGUUUUACAAAACUUUGAUAAUAAAACCCUGAAACUUAAACUCCUGUUCCUAGAAAA